GCAGAAGAUUCGACUGGGCCUAAAGAGGAGUUGUUUGGUGCGAUCUUGGACACAGCUUCAGCUGCGCACAGUCCUCUGCGGAGACCGAAAACGCGAUCUACUCGCCGUUUCCGCGAUGCAAUAUUGGAAAAAAGGUUUCGGGCGCUUCCCUAUGUGAAGAUUGACAAUCAGCAAGAAACAGGCGCAUGUAAAAAAACAGAGCAGACGAAGGCUCCCUCGUCCAACGAAAACAGAAGUGCACCAGACGAGGAAGGAGGCAAGUCCUCCAAGUGCGUUGGGAGCACGAACAAAGU